UCCUUCUUUCAGUACGUGUUGGCUCCUCUAGCUGUCAAAUUUUUAUGUAACGGCAUCAUUAUUAAUGUCUGUUUUUUCUUCUGUCUCUCACCCCAAUUUCCCUACUGGACUGUCACUCAUGCUCCCAGCCUGUCGUUCCUGUUUCCACUCUUUACCAUCACAAGGAUUAUUUGUAAGAAUGUGGGAGAAAUGAGAGAUUUGUCAAGGCCGCUGGUCAGGCCGGAAGCAGUGAGUGUGGUUAGCCGAGCGGAACAGUAGAGGGGAAGCUGUUGCCCUUUUUUGUACAGUAUUCAUUCUGCGUAGUCCCUCAGUCUGAACUGCAGGACAAAGCGAGAGUUAAGGAAGUCAGUGGAGCUUUAAAACAGGCAUUAAGGUUAAGCUAGAGGCUCUACAGACAACAUUGAUGACAGAAGUCUGUCAGAAGAGAGACGACUUUGUUCAGCAUUGAGACCGGUCAUGCUGCCUUGUGAGCUUUCCAGAGAUUAUAUGGGUCCUGUGAUGGAAGCUUCAGCAGGUGUAAAGUCUGAGACUGGACAAAGGACAAGUGAAGGAAGGCUGUCCUGGCCUGUUUUCCUGCUAACGCUCGCUGCUGUCACCUCCUCCUCUCUGUCAGCUUUGUCCCUGUACCAGCUGGUGGCUCUCAGAGCUGAGGUAGAGGGACUCAAAUCAGAGGUUUAUCGCAGGAGAGAAGGGGGACGAGAGGACAAGAGUGCAGGAGAGACUGAUCAUAUCAGCCAAGAGUCCCUGCACCAACCUGAGUCUAAACUGCCACGGGAUAGAAGAGCAGUCUCUGCAACACAGCCGCCAGUUUCUCAGCCCUGCCUGCAGUUGAUGCCAGACAAUAGCAGGAAAACCUUUGGCAAAGAACAUGACUCGGAUCCGCACACAGGUAUCCCCUGGCAGCCCGGGCUGAGUCGAGGCACUGCCCUGGAGAUAGACGGAGACUGCAUGGUAGUCAGAGAGGAGGGAGCCUACUUUGUGUACAGUCAGGUCUACUACAUGGACAAAACCUUUGCAAUGGGCCAUGUGGUGAUCCGGCGGAAGAGGAAUGUGGUGGGAGACGAGCCUCAGUAUGUGGUCUUGUUCCGCUGCAUCCAGACUAUGAACCCUGUCAACCCUUACAACACCUGCUACACAGGAGGUAUUGUAAAGCUGGAGGUCGGGGACCAGUUGGAGCUGCUGAUCCCUCGUUCUACAGCCAACGUGUCUGUGUAUGGAGACUCCACCUUCCUGGGGGCUUUCAAACUGGCUUAAAGUGUGUCACCUCACUUUGGACCCUGAGGGAUGCUGUUGUGGUGGAAAAGAGGUGUCACAGUGGGAGGGGAGUGAACAACAAGGCACAGUUCUGGUGACCUCGCCUGACUGUGGGUGAUUUGAAUAUGUGAGGUGAGGUGAGAAGAAGCAGAAAGCAGCCAUUUCUGUACUGACUGAAUGACUGUGUGGCUACAGAAGGGACAAUGAGUUGAUGGCUUGUUUUUUUUAUUGUUUAAAAUACAUGUACCUUUUAGCUACAGCUGUAUUAUAUUCAUUUCUAUCAAGGCAAGAUAUUGUAAAAACUGUCAGAAGGCAAGGUCUGAUUUGUGAGACUUUACUUUGUCUGACUUGUAGGAGAGUGUUAAUUGUGUGCCGUUUUAUUGCUGUUUUGCUCAAUAUUCUUUCCUUCUGUAGAAGCAGCAUUACUGAAAUACUCCUUCUCGUCUGCUUUGAUAUUUUAGAUAUUUGAACAUAAACAAAAGCAGUGUGAUUUGUUAUCUGAAUGCCACAAUUUGAGUAAGUGACUGAACAUUUAGAUGCAAUAAAGCAACAGCAUAAGAUAUGACAUCAUCUGGAAUCUGGGUUGAGGUUGUUGUUCCUAUGUUGGCCACCAGAAGGAACGACUUCAGUGUGACACAACAUCCUGCCAGGCAGCAGAGAGACAAACAGAGCUAAGGUUGAGCAGUUAAACUCAGGUGAAAGUGCUUAUUUUUAGAUUGAGGCAAA